GUUUUAUUUAGUUUAUUUUAUAUUUUUGGUAAUAGCUUUUAUAAUGGACUUGUUUUCCUUUGAAAAAACUCGUGAAGAACGCUUAGAAGAAUAUUUACAAAUCUUACGGUUUAAUGAUGAACCCUUACCUGCAUCUAGAGUUAGAUCUGAGUGGUCUGAUUUUCUGGAGAUCGAAAUGGAAUCGUCUGGCUGGCAAGCUAUUUGGAAAAUUCCAAGGGAUCUAUGUGAACAGUUCAAGAUACAUUAUCCUAAUUUAGUUCUUGUUAUUGUGAAAGAAAUUUGUUAUAAAUUGCUCCUCGCUACAGUGACUGUUAUCGGUGUUCAAGAUGAUGAUAUUCAUUUACCAGAAACAUUGGAAGCAGAAUUAAUAGAAUUAUGGCCCACAAAAUCUCAAGAAUAUGAUACUCUAGAUGUGUAUCGCACUGCAGAUUGUUUGGAUAAAUUUAGAUUCUUUUACAAUAACAUUUGGAUGCCGUGGGACAUGUGCAUGGAUGACGGUAUUGAUUGGCCAGAAGAACAUCUCAAACCUAGAUUAGAUUUGUACUUUGCCCUACAUUCAGGAGAAAUUCCUGGACCAAAAUGUGCAUAUAUCAAAGGCCUUAUAAAAGAAGCAAAAUCAUUACAAGAUAUGAAAAACAAUAUUGAAGCUGAAAUGAGCGAUAAUGAAGAAGAAGAGCCUAAUGAUCCUAAAACUGCUAAACUCCUUUUAAGAAUACAUUUUCAACUGAAGCAGUUACAAGAGCAAAUUGAAAUUUGUGAAAAUAAUAAAAUGAGGGAUCUACUAGAUAUUUCAGGUUCGGCUGAUACAUCAUUUGGCAACAGCCAAGUAGCAGAUAUAUAUUUUGUUUCACCAAUUUGUACUGUUGAAGAUCAUUUAAAAUAUGUGAAAAAAUCCCAAGAGUUCAUUCCUAAUACAAGUUUAGUUGAAUAUUGCCACAAUCUAGAAACAGUUUUAGAAUCUUGUGGCCAUGAUAACACCGUCAUUAUAUCUCCUGGAACUUAUGCCAUUCCAUCCAUGAUCAAAAUCAGAGAGAAAUGUGUAGUUAAGGGAAUAUAUUCUCCCAGCGAGACUAAACUUCAGACAUUAAUUGAAAACUCAUAUUUCAUUAGUACUUUUCGGAAUGUAGUUAUUGAAAACUUAACAAUUGAUGCAAACAAUCUUCAGUAUGCUUUCAUCGCAGCUUAUGGAACAUUACACUUGAAAAAUUGUGUUAUAGUAGGUGAUGGAAAGUCUGUUACAACACAUGGAAUUUCAAUUUCUCCCAACUCUGUGCUAGAAACGGACCAUUGUGAAAUAUAUAACUUUAGUACAGGAAUUCUUUGCAAUAAAGAUUCAAAAGUUAUAUUGAGGGAUUCAGUCAUUCGUGAUUGCUUUUGGGGUAUGAGGGUAUUGUCUGGUUGCAGUGUAACAUUAAUUAAUUCUUCUAUCAAAGAUUGUAAAGAAAAUGGUAUUCUAGUGAAUGAUGAUGAUCUCACCGAAGGUCAUGGUGAUAGCGACAUCCUCAAAGACUUACAUGGAUUUAAACUCAUGUCAUCAACAAUCCAAAAUGUGAAAUUAGCUAAUUCUGUUAUAAAGAAAAUUGGGCAAGCUGCUUAUGGAACGGUGAAUGAUAAUCACAUGGAAUGAUUGGAGA